AUGGUUUGUUGUACUGACUCGAUGUCGUUUUGCAGCCUCUUUUAUUGUCACAAAAUGUAUUACAAUUCCCUUAAUCUGUUGAUUGCUCGAGACUUUAAUAUACUGCUAUUUUAUACCGUCUUCACAACGUACCUACAGACAAGAGUUACACGGCUCCUUUUAGUUAGAAUUAAAUUUAAAUAUUUUCUCACGCGAAUCGCAAUGGUGUUUUCUGGCACUGGGAUUUCUCGACUUACAAAUUCUAUUUCUCCUAGCCUUACGGAGUUUAUGCACGUACUGCAAUUAGGUACCUAUACGGAGUUAAGAUUACCUUUUGUGUCGUUACGAGGCUGUGUACUGUGCACUUUCCGUCUGCGUUUGAGUAUUCCCUGUAGAAGCACGCUCCGUCCAAUCUAA